AUGCCCAAAGUCUUCCUGGUGAAGAGGAGGAGCCCGGGGGUCUCAGUCCGCAGCUGGAAUGAGCUCCCGGAUGAGGAAAGGGCAGACACCUACAUCCCAGUGGGACUCGGUCGCCGGAUCCAGGAGCCCCUGGAGGACAGCCGGAGCGACGGCGGGAGCAGCAGCAGCUGCGGCAGCGGCAGCAUCGCGGGGGAGCAGGGCGGCGCCGGGAGCAGCUUGAGCCCUCGCACUCCCGGGCGCCAUGCGCGCGAGCUCGGCGACGCCGACGGCCCCGGCGGACUCCCGGCGGCGAAGCAGCGGCCGGCCGCCAGGUCAAAAAUCAAGUUCACCACAGGUUCAUGCGAUGAGUCAGUGGUUCACAACUGCAACCUGUGUGGCAAGGGUUUCCGCCUUCAGCGAAUGCUCAACCGACACCUCAAGUGUCACAACCAGGUGAAGAGGCACCUGUGCACCUUCUGUGGCAAAGGCUUCAAUGACACCUUUGACCUGAAGAGGCAUGUCCGCACACAUACAGGCAUCCGCCCCUACAAAUGUGAGAUUUGCAAUAAAGCCUUCACCCAGCGCUGCUCGCUCGAGUCCCACCUCAAGAAGAUCCACGGAGUGCAGCAGCAAUAUGCCUACAAGCAGCGGCGGGACAAACUGUAUGUGUGUGAGGACUGCGGCUACACUGGACCCACUCAGGAGGACCUCUACCUGCAUGUCGGCAGCGCGCACCCAGGCAGCACGCUUCUCAAAAAGACAUCCAAGAAGCUGGCAGCUAUUUUGCAGAAUAAGCUGAUGUCCACACUGCCAGGGAAUGACAACCCGAGUGAGAAGGAGAAAUGA